AUGUUGUACACUUACAUAGGAAAUACCUCUGUUCCGAUCGAGGACCCGGAAGAAGAACCACAAAUAGAAAAUCCAGAGGAGGCGGUGUAUUAUAAUGACCUGUCUGUUGCAAAGGAUAUCGCUGUUUCGGACCUACUGAAUAUAAUCACACAGAGAGAAGCCAAGAAAAACGAAGGAUUUCUUAAGGAGUUCAAGAUGCUUCCAUAUGGAGAAAGAUUUGAUUGUGAAAGCGCAAAAACAGAGGAAAACAUGUCCAAAAACAGAUUCAAAACCACCUUUCCAUAUGAUCAUUCCCGCGUUAUUUUAGAAGCUAGUCAGGGCUUUGCUUCCGAUUACAUUAAUGCAAACUACAUUGAGAAUAUGGAAGGGAAACGGGAAUUCAUUGCAUCUCAAGGCCCACUUAAAAACACUAUUGUUGACCACUGGAGAAUGAUAUGGCAGGAACAAGUAGAAUACAUUGUAAUGCUGACCAACCUUAUUGAGGGACCAAAGGUGAAGUGUCAUCAAUACUGGCCAGAGAAAGAAAAAGAGCUGGAUAUCAAUCCAUUUUUCGUAACAUUGAUUGAAGAGAAACAGUAUGCUUACUUCGUCGAAAGAAGAUUGACACUGCGCAACAAGAAGGUUUCUGGGUCAAGAACGGUCGUACAGUAUCAUUACACCCGAUGGCCAGAUCACGGGACUCCAAAUCCACUGAACCUGGUUGUCUUCCACCGGCACUUUCGACACAAGAUCAGAUCAACACAACAUCCAAUAAUUGUUCACUGCAGUGCUGGGAUAGGGAGAACGGGGACGUUUAUUGCCUUUGACGUUUUGUCUAAAUAUGGCAAGGACAAGGGCAAGGUCAAUGUCAUAGAGUAUGUCAAGGCCAUGCGUAAAGACAGAAUGACAAUGAUACAGAAUGUGGACCAGUACGUGUUUCUGUAUCACGCAUUGCAUGAGUUCUUUAGAGGAAAGGCGCACUAUAAAAAGAGAGAUGAAAUUCUCAGUCUGUAUGGAGAUAUGAACAAACUAGAUGCACAGAAACAACUUACUAAUGAGUUCAAUGAACUGUUUAGUUUAAAACCAAGAUUUGAUCCCAAAGAUUUCAAAAGUGGAAAAACGUUUUUAAAGUUGAAUAUGACUAAAUCAGUUUUACCAGUUGAGCAAUAUCUAGUCUAUCUAACUUCCCAUGUUCCAGGCCGACAAUGUUACUAUAAUGCAGUGACUGUUUCCUCGUUCUCCCGAGAUGACGAAUUUAUAUCUGCUCAAUUUCCGGUGCCUGAAGGGGCCAUAGAUCUUGUUCGUCUGCUUGUUGAUCAUGAGUCAACAUUCCUUAUUUCAUUGAACCCUUUAUCAGAGCUUAAAGAGGAAACUCGUGAAAUCGAGAUACUUGAAUGCCUGAAUUGGAGUUUCAAUGAUACACUACCGAUGGAAACUUCUACUUUGACAAACCUCAUCAAACAGUUCAGACUUUAUCGGAAACAUCAACCAAACGGACACGUAACUGUGCUAUCAAAAGAUGGUGCGACCUGCUGCGGAGUGUUUUGCGCUGUGUAUAACGCCAUAGAACAGCUACAACAGGACGAUGAGGUGGAUAUAUUUACUAUAGUCCAGCAGCUACAGUGCAGAAGACCCGAGAUGAUAUCUACUAAGAAGGAAUAUGAAUUUUGUUUCAAAGUAGUUUCUGAUUUUCUGAAUACCGAGAGUGUUUAUGCCAACACAUGACAGAUUCAUCCUUGAUCUAAUUUAAAAACAUUUAUUCCGACGAAUUCUUGUAAGCGGUAUAAAAAGCACAGUCAAUAUUAUGUGUAAACAUAUAUUUAACCUUUAAACGUUUUGAUUAUAUAUUUUUAUUUUAUUUUAGAGAUACUUACGUCAAUGUGUUUUUUAAAAUAUUACGUUUAUAGAAUACUUAUAUGUUUAAUCAAAGCUCUCUUGCAAUGGUAAUAAUAGUCAUGUGAUGAAUAAAAAUGUAUCUAUGUUUUGUCAUUUUCACUUCUAAAUGCUCCUGAGCCAAAGGCUACGACCAGGUGAUUUUUUAUUUCUGAAGAAAUAGUUUCUGGCGUCUGUCUGUAGUAUGUUUUCUGUCGUCUGUAAACUUGCCACAUUUUAAAUAUCUUCUUAAGAACAACGGGGUCAAAUUCUGAAGUUUAAAAAUAAUCGUUAUAAUCCUUGGGUAAGGGAUUUAAGAUUUGUUUUAAUUAGAGUCCAACUUUAUUUAAGGCAGAUAAUGAAUAUUAUUACAUUUUCAACAGUAAAACGCUAUGAUUUUUCAUCAAAUAAAAGUGAUAUUCUCUCAAAGCGUGAAAGGAUACGAAAGUGAUAUUCUCUGACAGUGUGAAAGGAUAUCAAAGUAAGUAAAAACAGCACAACCAAGCACUUCAGAUAGUGCAGUUUUUUUUCCUAAACCAUGAUCCCAGGGUCACAAUAUGGGGCGGGCAUACUUUUAUGUGUAAUCAUCAAACGUGUUGACUCAAAUUUGUUCCAAUCUUGUCCUCCAGGGGUAGGAUAAGGCAUCUCUGGGUGAACAAAGUUGUAUAAUUAUGGGAAUAUAUAGAAAAAAAAAUUCUUUUAAAAUCGUCUCAACAACAGCAGGACUAGGAAUAGCCCCAUCAAGGUGCAAGCAUCAUUCGAUUAAUUACACCGGCGGGUAUAGUGUGUACACAACGGCGGAUCAUUAUUUUACGCGGAAAUAUAAACAAAAUUCAUAUAAAAAUUCAAAUGAAUCAAUUUGUGCAACACUAAUUGUUUUUACAUGCAAAAUUCCCCAGGUUGUGUGAAUUCAAGGUGUUUUAUGUACUAUGGACACUGGGGUUAGAUGGGGCUAAAAUUGAGUAUUUAAAUUUUCCUAAUACAUGUUGUAUACAAAGAAAAAAAAAGACAUCGAGAAUUAAGGAACACCAAAAACCAUGUAAUCGUAUUGAUAUUGCAAAACUUUCAUGAUAUUAUAGUGCAAGCUCCAUUAUGUCAUAAUCACUCGGGCUAGAAUAUUAGGUCAGAAUAUUUCAUGUGAACUAAAAGGAAAAGGAAAUUUCAAAUCUUAUGAAGAACAGCAGGGCACAGGUGAGCGUUGUAGUAUAUAGACCUCUUGUUGUUUUAUAAGGAUAUAUCACAUUUCUUGAGCCAAAGACUGAAGCUUAUUUUAAAAUACCGAUUAUUAAUUUGCUUAUUAUCUCUUGUCUGUAAAUAUAUUCUUCUCCCAUUACCUCUUUGAAGACUGUUUAUCAAAGAAAAAAAAAAUAUUUGUUUUGAAAAAUGAAGCAUUUUUGUUUCAUCUUUAUUCUUUAGACAUAAUAAUCACUAAGGUUUCUAUGUAUUCACUACAUUGACAUCCAAUGCUUUUGGAGUCUUCGGAAAAAACAAAAAAGGACAUAGUGUUUUAAUAAUGUUUUUCUAUUUUUUUUUUUUUUUUUUUUGGCCUUUAGUCUGCUGACAUACAUAUUAAUGAAGAAUAAAAUAAUGCAGUUUCUUUAUGUUUAUAUUAUAAUUUUUAUACAUAUUUUCCGAAAACUCUGAUC